AUGGAGCUUGAAGAACAGACGAAGUUCUUCCAUGGAACUCUGGAGAUUACAAUCUUCGAUGCAUCACCUUCUUCUCCAACAUUUCCUUUUAAUUGUAUAUAUACGAAGCCAAGAUCAGCUUACGUGACCAUCAAGAUAAACAAGAAAAAAGUUGCUAAAACAAGCUCAGAACACGACCGUGUCUGGAACCAGACUUUUCAGAUCCUCUGCGCACAUCCGGUUUCCGACACGACGGUCACUAUCACGCUCAAGACUCACUGUUCUGUUCUCGGAAGAUUCCGGAUCUCUGCAGAAAAGAUUCGUACUUCUGAUCCAGCAGUUAUCAAUGGGUUCUUCCCUCUGGUUGCAGACAAUGGAUCAACGAAACCUAACUUGAAGCUCAAGUUUAUGAUGUGGUUCAGACCGGCUUAUCUCGAACCAGGAUGGUGCAAAACACUUGAAGGAGAGUCUUUUCAAGGUAUUACCAACGCGAGCUUCCCUCAGAGAUCGAAUUGCAGAGUCGUACUGUAUCAAGAUGCGCACCACAGAGCUGCGUUUGAUCCUACGGUUCAUGAUGUUUCUUCAAACGCAAGAAAUCUCUGGGAAGAAAUCUACAAAGCGAUUGAAAGCGCUAGGCAUUUGGUUUACAUCGCAGGAUGGGCACUAAACCCUAACCUUGUUCUCGUACGCGACGACGAGACAGAGAUUCCUCACGCAGUGGGAGUAACGAUCGGCGAGCUUCUGAAACGGAAAGCACAGGAAGGCGUAGCGGUGAGAGUAAUGCUGUGGAACGACGAGUCGUCUCUACCGAUGAUAAAGAACAAAGGUCUAAUGCGAACAAACGACCAAACAGCUCUUGCUUACUUCAGAGACACAAAUGUUGUUUGUAGAUUGUGUCCAAGAUUGCACAAGAAGCUCCCUACGGCGUUCGCUCACCACCAAAAGACGAUCACAGUGGACACACGUGUUACGAAUACGAACACCAAGGAGCGAGAAAUCAUGAGCUUCCUCGGCGGUUUCGACCUUUGCGACGGCCGGUACGACACGGAGGAGCAUUCUCUGUUCCGUACACUCGGGACAAGGGGUGAUUUUUAUCAGACAAGCGUCGCCGGAGCUAAACUAAGCAGAGGCGGACCUAGAGAGCCCUGGCACGACUGUCACGUGUGCGUUGUCGGAGCUGCAGCAUGGGACGUUCUGAAGAAUUUUGAGCAGAGAUGGACGAAACAGUGUAACCCUUCGGUGUUGGUUAACACUUCAGGGAUCAGAAACUUAGUAAACCGGACCGGACCAACAACCACAGAAGAAGAUGGCCGGAAAUGGAAUGUUCAAGUUCUGAGAUCGAUUACACACGUAUCAGCGACGGAGAUGCCGAGAGGCUUACCGGUUGAGAAGAGUGUACACGACGGCUACGUCGCAGCAAUUCGAAAGGCAGAGAGAUUUAUAUAUAUUGAGAAUCAGUAUUUCAUGGGAAGCUGCGAUCAUUGGAUGAACAAGAACGAUAAAAUCUGCAGCGGAUGCACAAACUUGAUACCGGUUGAAAUAGCGUUAAAGAUCGCGGCUAAGAUACGCGAGAGGGAGAGAUUCGCGGUGUAUAUAGUGAUACCGAUGUGGCCGGAAGGUCCACCGGAGAGCGAAACGGUGGAAGAGAUGCUUCACUGGACGAGAGAGACGAUGUCGAUGAUGUACCGGAUCAUCGGAGAAGCGAUAUGGGAGACUGGAGACGGAUCGCAUCCGAGGGAUUAUCUAAACUUCUUCUGUCUCGCAAACAGAGAAGAGAAGAGAGACGGAGAGUUUGAAGCGGUUUCGUCGCCGCAUCCCAAAACGCAUUAUUGGAACGCGCAGAGGAAUCGGAGGUUCAUGGUCUAUGUCCACUCCAAGCUCAUGAUAGUGGACGACGCAUACGUUCUGAUAGGAUCGGCCAAUAUAAACCAGAGAUCAAUGGACGGUUGUCGCGACACCGAGAUUGCAAUCGGUUGCUACCAAACCGAUACGACCAACACUAAUGACAUCCGAGCUUACCGGUUGUCGCUCUGGUAUGAGCAUACCGGUGGCCAGAUCACGGCGGAUGAGUUAUCCGUGUCGGAGCCAGAGAGUCUUGAAUGCGUCCGAGGGUUGCGGACAAUAGGAGACCGAAUGUGGGAGAUUUACAGCGGCGACAAGGUCGUGGACAUGCUCGGUGUCCAUUUGGUGGCGUACCCGAUCAGUGUCACCAGAGACGGUGUGGUUGAGGACGUCGGCGACGGAGUUUUUCCUGAUACCAAGACGUUGGUGAAAGGGAGGAGGUCCAAGAUGUUGCCUCCGGUUCUAACAACCUGA